AUGCUAUACGCAUUCCAGAUACUUGAUAUACUUGGAAAAGGGGCAUUUGGGGCCGUUUUUCGUGUUCGUCGACUAGAAGAUAGAAAAGAAUUGGCAAUGAAAUGUGAAUCAUGCAGAACACAGAGAAAAAUAUUAAAACAUGAAGCUAAAGUAUUCGAAAGUUUAAAGCAGUUGGAAUCACCACAUUUUCUUCACCUGCUAGAUCGGGGCAAAGUAUCGGGACGUUUCAAUUUUAUCGUUAUUAAAUUGGUUGGCAAGAAUUUGUGGGAUUUACGUAUAGAAAAUCCGUUUCGUCGAUUUUCGUUAGUAACGUCACUACGAGCUGCUGAACAGACACUAGCUGGAAUUCGAGAUUUACAUAUUUGUGGCUUCAUUCAUCGCGAUAUUAAGCCUCCUAACUUCGCAGUAGGUCGGGAGGAAGACGGUGAUCAACACAUAAUCUACAUAUUUGAUUUUGGAUUGAGUCGGCAAUACAGAAGUUUUGGGAAAGACUUGCGAUAUCAACGAGCUAAAGCUGCUUUUAGAGGGACAACACGAUACGCAAGCAUAGCCGCACUAGAACUAGUCAGUCCUCCAAAAGUUUUUAUGUAUGGUUCACCGCCUAGGCACCUGGCAUGGGGGUUUCAGAAAGAUCAAAGCCGUAAAGACGAUGUUGAAUCGUGGUGGUAUAUGGUCGUUGAAUGGACUAUAGGGCAUUUACCAUGGCAUCACUGCAAGGGAGGAGAAAGGGAGAGUGUAAGAAAACAGAAAUUACAGCUACGUGAACGUUCAAAUCUUGAGAGGGUACUCAAGAAUGCUCCAGUGGAAUAUAUGUCUAAUAUUAUUCUCUAUAUUGAUACCUUGUCCUACGCAUCCAUCCCAGAUUAUGACCACAUCGCAGCACAGCUUGAAGCGUCCAUGGAGGCAUAUAAUUUGAAAUAUGCCGAUCCACCUGAAUGGGAUACACUGUCUGCGUAUCUGGGACCAAAAUAUGAGAAGAACAUGCCAUAUGAAUUGAAAUGUAGAAUUUUUUUUCCCAUUUCUUUUUCUUGA